AAUGAUCGAGGCUCAGGCCCUGGAAGGACCGUAAACAUUUGGCCAGCUUGGUUUGGAUACCUGGCAGAGACCAGGUUCUGAGAAGCAAUGGUGACGAAGGCCUUUGUCUUGUUGGCCAUCUUUGCAGAAGCCUCUGCAAAAUCGUGCGCUCCAAAUAAAGCAGACGUCAUUCUUGUGUUUUGCUAUCCCAAAACCAUCAUCACCAAAAUCCCCGAGUGUCCCUAUGGAUGGGAAGUUCAUCAGCUGGCCCUCGGAGGGCUGUGUUACAAUGGGGUCCACGAAGGAGGUUACUACCAAUUUGUGAUCCCAGAUUUAUCACCUAAAAACAAGUCCUAUUGUGGAACCCAGUCUGAGUACAAGCCACCUAUCUAUCACUUCUACAGUCACAUCGUUUCCAAUGACACCACAGUGAUUGUAAAAAACCAGCCUGUCAACUACUCCUUCUCCUGCACCUACCACUCCACCUACUUGGUGAACCAGGCUGCCUUUGACCAGAGAGUGGCCACUGUUCACGUGAAGAACGGGAGCAUGGGCACAUUUGAGAGCCAACUGUCUCUCAACUUCUACACUAAUGCCAAGUUCUCCAUCAAGAAAGAAGCUCCCUUUGUCCUGGAGGCAUCCGAAAUCGGUUCAGAUCUGUUUGCAGGAGUGGAAGCCAAAGGGUUAAGCAUUAGGUUUAAAGUGGUCUUGAACAGCUGUUGGGCCACCCCCUCGGCUGACUUCAUGUAUCCCUUGCAGUGGCAGCUGAUCAACAAGGGCUGCCCCACGGAUGAAACCGUCCUCGUGCAUGAGAAUGGGAGAGAUCACAGGGCAACCUUCCAAUUCAAUGCUUUCCGGUUCCAGAACAUCCCCAAACUCUCCAAGGUGUGGUUACACUGUGAGACAUUCAUCUGCGACAGUGAGAAACUCUCCUGCCCAGUGACCUGCGAUAAACGGAAGCGCCUCCUGCGAGACCAGACCGGGGGAGUCCUGGUCGUGGAGCUCUCCCUGCGGAGCAGGGGAUUUUCCAGUCUCUAUAGCUUCUCAGGUAAGGAAAAGAGACACUUCUGGGAUUUCGUGGGGCUAUGCUGUUAAAAGGCAGAGAGUGUUUUAAGAGAAGCUUAACUUUGGCCCCAGCAAAACUUUUAAGGAUUGAAAAUUAUACUUUAAAGCACACCUGAGUGGCGCA